AUGCCCACCACUGGACCCGACUCGCCAGCCUCAAGGCCGGUGGACACGCCGCGCAGCGAGGCGGCUGGCGGGGAGCAGGAACCUGGCCCCAACAACCAGGCUGUGGGGCUGCUGCUGGCGCUCGCCGCCCACUUUCGGGGGCAGAUUUACUGGGCCAAAGACAUCAUCUUCCUGGUGACCGAACACGACCUUCUGGGCACCGAGGCCUGGCUGGAAGCCUACCACGACGUCAACGUCACCGGUGUGCAGUCGUCCCCGCUGCAGGGCCGGGCGGGGGCCAUCCAGGCCGCCGUGGCCCUGGAGCUGAGCAGCGACGUGGUCACCAGCCUGGACGUGGCUGUGGAGGGGCUCAACGGGCAGCUGCCCAACCUUGACCUGCUCAACCUCUUCCAGACCUUCUGCCAAAAGGGGGGGCUGCUGUGCACGCUGCAGGGCAAGCUGCAGCCCCAGGACUGGACGUCGGCGGACGGACCGCUGCAGGGCCUGCAGACGCUGUUGCUCAUGGUCCUGCAGCAGGCGUCUGGCCGCCCGCACGGCCCGCACGGCCUCUUCCUGCGGUACCGGGUGGAGGCCCUGACCCUGCGCGGCAUCAACAGCUUCCGCCAGUACAAGUACGACCUGGUGGCCGUGGGCAAGGCCCUGGAGGGCAUGUUCCGCAAGCUCAACCACCUCCUGGAGCGGCUGCACCAGUCCUUCUUCCUCUACCUGCUGCCUGGCCUCUCCCGCUUCGUCUCCAUCGGGCUGUACAUGCCAGCUGCCGGCUUCCUGCUGCUGGUCCUCGGGCUCAAGGCUCUGGAGCUGUGGAUGCAGCUGCACGAGGCUGGAGUGGGCCCUGAGGAGGCCGGGGGCACCUCUGGACCCAGCCCUCCCCUCCCCCCAGCGCAGGGCGUGGGGCUGAGCUCGCUCGUGGCGCCCCUGCUGGUCUCCCAGGCCGUGGGGCUGGGCCUGUACACCCUGCCGGUGCUGGGCCAGCACGUGGCCGCGCAGCACUUCCCCGUGGCCGAGGCCGAGGCCGUGGUGCUGACGGGCGGCCUGUUCCUGUGGCGCGAGCUGCGGGAGGCGCCGCUGUCGCCGGCCGAGGGCUGGCAGCUCUUCCUGGCGGCGCUGGCGCAGGGCGUGCUGGAUCACCACUCCUACGGCGCGCUGCUCUUCCCGCUGCUCUCGCUGGGCCUCUACCCCUGCUGGCUGCUCUUCUGGAACGUUCUCUUCUGGAAGUGACAGCCGCCUGCCCCAAGGGGGGACUCAGUCGGGGCCCGGCGAGCGUGUUCUCCGUCGGGAAAUAAACAGGCCUUUGGCCUCAGCGUUCCUUGGC